AAAUAAAACCAAUUUAUAGAAAAACACUUGUUGGAUCAGAUUUUUUAAAUUUCCUUACUAGCAUCUUUGGAUACAUUCGCCACAAAUUCAAAUCAGGAGCCAAUAGAAAGAUCCAAACAGCCUUGAGAGGGGGUUCGAUAUUUGAUGUUGGCGCCUUUAUGAGAGGUUAUGUUACUUUGUUUUUAUUUUUAAAUCUCAUUCUUCCCUUAAUUUUGUAAAUGUUGGUUUCCUUUUUAUUCUCAUUUUAACAUAAGAAAAAUAAAAAGAAUACAUAUCUGAAAGAAAGUUUUAUGGUUAACCAACUUUAAGUGGACCAUUUUUUUAUUUUCAUACCAAUGGAAAAUAAAAGAACACUAGACGAAAUUAAAGAGAUUUUGAAACAUGCAAAGUUACAGCUGGAUGAUCUCAAAACGACAUCACAAACUAUAUACUUCACUGAGAAUAAUUUGUAUGAAAACAAUUUGAAAUUGCUACAACUUGAUGCCACUUUGCUUGGUGAAGUAUCUCAGGGGAAAACCCUUUAUAUCAAAGGAGAUGAUGAUGAAGAUGUAGUACUUUGUUCAGAAACUCAAACGUACCAAGUUACAGAAGCGGAAACGUCUAACAGUCUGCUGUUAGUAGAUAAACUCAAAUUUGCCGAUUCAGAUCAGAAUAACAGUGAGCAAGAUGAACAUAUUUUGAACAAAGUGUCAGUUCGCAGUAUAUUUUACGAUUAUUUGGAAGCCGUGCCUAUAAAGCCACAUUUGAAAAAACUGAGACAACUUUUAAAUGGAUCCGUAUAUAAAGGACGAGAGUAUGAAUUCGAAGUUGAUCCCAGCAAAUGUUAUACUUUCGAAGAGCUGGAUAAAAAGGUGCAAGCUAGUACUAAAGAGCUUAAGGAAGCCUUGGAUGAAAUGGAUGUUGUUACAUUGAAUGGCAAGAUAAGACUGUUGGAUUUUGAAUAUCACUUCAAGGUGCUUUCGUACAUGUUGAAAUUGAUCGAUGAAAACUCGUGGCAAUUAGACGAAAUAGACUACCAGGAGACAGUGGAGAGCCUGGAAGACUUGGCGCCAAAGGAAAUAGUUACUGGCUUGUUCGAAAAAUACACUGAGGAGUCUCAGGUUGUAGACAGCAUGCAGCUGUACAGGUACAAGGAAGACAAAGUUUGCACGUUUUUCGCCAAAGUUUUGCUAUACGGUGCUGGAAAAUUCAAUCUCAGUGAUUUCAUGCAAGCCUGGAAGGAAUCUGUUCCCGACGGGAUGACACCAGCUGAAGAUAUGGUUUACGGCGAAAAAAAUAUAGGUCACUUAGAAGACGAAGCUCUAAAACGCAGAGAGCGGUUGAAAGCUCUAAAACGGAAACGUGAAGGAGACAAAAGUUGUGAAAACGAAAAUCCUGGAGACAAGUCUGCGGUGGAGUUGCCGAAGCCAGUUUUCAGGAGUUACAGACCUGCUAAUGAAGAGCUGAAUGACUUCGUGAAAGAAUCUAGUGCGCCUGGAGACGUUACUGCCCAGGUUAAAGACCACCUUGAAGCUGCUAAAUCGGGUGUGGUGAUAGAUCAGCUAGAUGUAGCAGCUUUGGCACCCAGAAAACCUGACUGGGACUUGAAAAGAGACGUGGCUAAAAAGUUAUUGAAGCUGGAAAGGCAGACUCAAAGAGCGAUAGCAGAAUUGAUUAGAGAUAGAUUAAAAGAAAGGAGUAGAUCAGAUGAUUUAGCAGUUAUGGUUAACGCCGGUGUUAGUGAUCAAGUUAGAGAGCCAACAUGAAAAAUUUGAUAAAUAACUGUCAAUGUAGAUAUAUAUUUUAUAUCAAUUUUUUUAAACUUGAUGUUCCUCUGUUCGAUUCAUAAAUGUAUCAUAGCAUUAGUUGAUCUUUUGUCAGCUUUUUAAUUUAUCAUUUUAUAUAAAGCUGUGAUGAAACAAAACA